AUGGUAUCGAAAUCGGAGUAUCGUUCGAUCGUUGAAGAGCUGCUUUCCGAUGUCUCUCUGACACGGCGCACCGACUUCAGAGUCGACGCUACGAUUGAAGACGGUAUAAUUCAACAUUUCGCGAGUUACGGCCUCACCUCCGAGCGGAUGGUUGCCAUUGCUAGACGGAGUGCCGAAUGUGGUGAAUGGUUCUUUCCUUUCCUUCAUGGCAAGAACAAAUUUGCUGCAACGUUGUACACAUCAAUGUUCUUUGCCAUCGACGAUCUCAGUGAAGAGAUCACCGAGCCUCUCGGUAGCUUCUGCCAAAACCUGCUGCUCGGGCGGCCACAAAGCCAUCCUGUUCUCCAAUUAUGUUUCGACGUUACUUUGGAGAUGAACAAAUUCUAUGGCCGAUUUGCCUCCGACAUGGUCCUGAAAUCCAUGGUUGAGUUUCUCAGCGCUAAUCUGGUGGAGGUUAAACUUCCAGGCAAGAUUACGCCACUUACGAGCACUCCGAGCUUCCCUCGAUACUUCCGGCUCAAAUCAGGAAUGCCCGAAGCGUUUGCCUUCUUCCCCUUUCCAACUCUCGACAAUGGAGAAGAUACUCUAGACGAGUAUAUCCUCCUCCUGCCAGAUUUGAUUGACUUUAUUGAUGCUGGCAACGACAUACUAUCUUUCUACAAGGAAUCAAUCUUGGCGGAUGACAGGGAAAAUUGCAUCCAUCAGUACGCUGACGCACAUUCCGUUUCGCCGAUGGAGUCGCUCAUCCAUCACUGCGAGUUACUGAAAGAAUGUGUGAGCAACUUACGCACCUCUCUGUCGAAGUAUCCUCGUUGGAAAGACAAUGUGGAACAAUUCAUCCAAGGCUACUUAGGGUUCCAUAUUGCAUGUGACCGCUACCAUCUAUCGGAUUUCGCGAUCUUUGACUCUUGA